UCGUUCAGCAAACUCCGUGCAGUGAGCAUGUUUGUACGCCAGAGCCAGACAUCGUCGUUGGUCGGUUGUCGUCAUCGCCACUAUAUUGUAGUAUAGUAUAGCCGUCGUUUCGCGAAAAUCCAUCGCUUCGUUGCCGUUGCCGUCGCCUUUUCGGAUGCGUGGAGACGAGACUCUUGAAACCCUCGAACAAAACGCGCGUGUGCAUAGGAUCAGAUCAGAUAAAAAAAUAAAUAUAUAUCGUAAACCCAGUGUUUUUGUGCCCCGGAUCAAAUCGAGUAAUUCACGCAAAACUUAAUGGAAUAAAUAACCGUACAAGUGCCUUACAAAUAUACCCGCUCAAUGCCGGAAUCCUCUUGAGUCUGGCACGAAAAGCGCUCGCCCUCAAGAUCCCUAACCCACAGAUAUCUCGAGUGUGCUUCGCCGAGUGUCCUGUCAGCCAAAUAUAUGGUAAUGGCAGAGAUUGGUGGCCAUUUGGCUCACCAGCUACCGUUGCACAAUCACAACCACAAUCAAACUGGAUUACAGCCAUCGCUGGUGAUGAACCAUCACCUGGAUUUGGAUUGUCAUGGACAUGAUGUGAUAAAAAAACAACGCCUAUCUCACUGCGUUGGCUGUGGCGGCCAGAUCCACGAUCAGUAUAUCUUACGCGUUGCCCCCGAUCUCGAGUGGCAUGCGGCGUGUCUGAAAUGCCAGGAGUGCAGGCAAUUCCUGGACGAAAGCUGUACGUGUUUUGUGCGCGACGGCAAAACCUAUUGCAAGCGUGAUUAUGUUAGGUUAUUUGGUACAAAAUGUGAUAAAUGCGGCAACUCCUUCAGCAAAAAUGAUUUUGUGAUGCGGGCCAAAACGAAAAUCUUUCACAUCGAGUGUUUUCGAUGCUCCGCGUGUGCGCGACAAUUGCUGCCAGGUGAUGAAUUCGCGUUACGCGAUGCCGGAGCUUUAUAUUGCAAGGAGGAUCACGAUGUGCUGGAGAAAUCGUCGCAGAGCAGCCUCACUUCUUCGUCGGUGGAGAGCAACAACAAUAUUAGCAGUAGUAACAACAACAACACCAACCUUAGCAAUAACAACCAUUCCAGCGAAUUGGGUUCAAUGUCAGAUUCUGGCAGCGAGUCGGGCUCACACAAAAGUAUUAGGGAAAAGCGACCCUCGGGGCCUUCAGAUGGCAAGCCAACGCGAGUUCGGACCGUGCUCAAUGAGAAACAGCUUCAUACGCUCAGAACCUGCUACAAUGCUAAUCCGCGACCUGAUGCGCUCAUGAAGGAGCAGCUGGUGGAGAUGACGAGUCUGUCGCCGCGAGUCAUCCGCGUGUGGUUCCAAAACAAGCGCUGCAAGGACAAGAAAAAGACCAUUCAGAUGAAGCUGCAAAUGCAGCAGGAGAAGGAGGGUCGCAAGUUGGGCUACGGCGCCAUGCAGGGCAUCCCCAUGAUCGCCAGCUCGCCGGUUCGACAUGACUCCCCUCUGAAUCUUCAGGGUCUGGAUGUGCAGACAUAUCAGCCGCCGUGGAAAGCCUUAAGCGACUUCGCCCUGCACGCCGAUCUCGACAGCAAUGGCGCGAUCAAUACCCACACGCCCGCAUUUCAGCAGCUAGUCAAUCAGAUGCAUGGCUACGACCUGAACGGGAUGCCCAUCCUGCCGCCGCAUCCGCACUCGCAUCCGGCGCAAGGUCCGCCCCACCAGCACCCUCCGCCCCCCGGCGGACCGCACAACCACCAGAACCAGCAGCCGAACCAACAGCCCGGAGGCAGCAGCCUGGACUCCGGGAUCACCUCGCACCACCAUCCGGAUAGCACCGACUCCUACGUCACCUACCUGGAGAGCGAUGACAAAUCCAAACUGGCGCUGACCCCGUCGUCCUCAUCCUCGGCCUCGGCGGGCACAUCGAUCUCCUCGCCGCCAUCGGGUGUUGGAGCAGGGGGUGGUGCUGGUGCAGGUGUGGGCUUGGGUUUGGGCCUGGGCGUGGGCGUGGUGGCCAAUCAGUCGGCCACCGAGCAGCUCAUGCAAAUGCUCCAGAAGGUAACCGGCUCCGCUUCCCCGGCCUCGCAUGCGGUGCUCUAAAAACCAAGGGGCGUGCGGGGGCGUGGCUGGAAGCUGGCGCCGUAGGAUCUACAGUCGAACUUCGCUAACUUAAAAUUUUUCACACCGAAAAUUCACAUCCAUAAAAAUAUAAUUCUGGAAAAUAUUAAUUUAGUUUAGGCUCAAAAAUUAAUUUACAAUCAUAUUUAGAUUAAAGUUAAUUUAGUUUCUGCAGAACGAUCAAGUUUAUGUUAUAGCCAAUGUAUUCUUCAAUGUUGUAAAUUGAUUUUCCCAAUCAAAUUAUCCAGUUAGAAAAGUUCGACUGUAUUCGGGGAUGUGUGCAAUGGUUUUUGCCCCUGUUUUUUUAUUCUACUAAAUUUGUAUUCUGUAAAUUUAAUUUUAUUUUGUUUGAUUCGGUGCCAAAAAAUAGUCUGUAGGCCGUUGGCAUUUUGGGGAUAAUCUGGCUCUGGCUCUGGCUCAGUUGCACAUUUCGUUAUGUAACAUACACUUUUGUUGUUGAGUUCCAAAAUGAAAACAUGAAAAAAUUAAAUUAAAAUAAGCUAAACAAAAAUGCUCACACACUUGAAAAGUUUUACCAAUAAUUUUUGACACGAAAACAAAAAUUAUGAUAACAAAAGGAAAACAGUUACUUCGCAUCAAGUAGGGAAUUUCAUUAAACAUAAAUUUGUAAAUAAUUUUUAUAUAUAAAUAAUAAACGAAUAUAUUUUCAUUCAAAAUGCAAAACAAGAAAAAGAAAAAGCGAUCGUAAGCAUUCAAAAACAAAAAAAGAGAAACUGACUCGUGUGUAUUAUAUGGGAUAAAGAAUCCGAGGGGUAGCGAUAAACUAUAAAGGCGCACUUGGCAAACUUGUAAAUCGAAUUAACAACAACAAAAGCAUCUACGUCUAAGCUCGUAAAUUGUAUGGCAAAAGAAACACAAAAUUAUUAUAAAUAAAUAAAUGCAAGCAAAGAAGUGGGGAACUUUAUGUAAGUGAGAAAGAAAAACUGUAACUAAAUCUAGACUUAUUUGUUAGUUUUAAAACAUUUCCGAAAUGCAUUAUAAGAUGAGGAAGACAAAAAAUCCGACAGCGGGAAGGAAAAUAAGAGAGAGAAAGCGAAAUGUACCAAGGAUGUUUAUAAACUGUUUCGUAAAACAACUAAUGUAUUUUCAAUAAUAUUUAACUAAUAUUAAUAAUAAACAGUGCAUAAGUAAUUUUAGUAACUAUAGAAAAUGUUUAAAUGAAAUUACAAACGAAAAUAAAACGCAAAAAAACAAC